AUGGAUCACGCCCACAUGGACCACUCGCAUAUGGACCACUCCGCCAUGGAUCAUGGCAACAUGGGCGGCCACGGUGGCAUGGGCGGUGGUAUGGGCGACCGGUGCAGCAUGAACAUGCUGUUCACCUGGGACACCAAGAACCUCUGCAUCGUCUUCCGUCAAUGGCAUGUCCGUUCCACCAGUGGCUUGGUCAUCUCUCUCCUCCUCGUUGUCGCUCUUGCUGCCGGCUACGAGGCUCUCCGCGCCGCCUCCCGUCGCUACGAGCAAUCCGUGAACAAGCGUGUCGACUCCCUCCCGAGCAUCGCUGGAACCGUUACUGAGACAACCCCCUUCCUAUGGACAGGACGCGAGCAAGCAGAGGCUAGCAGGAGCGCCCACAUCAUCAAGGGCGCCCUAUAUGCUGCGCAAAACUUUUACGCUUUCAUGCUUAUGCUUGUCUUUAUGACUUACAACGGUUGGGUCAUGGUCGCAGUCGCCAUCGGUGCGUUUGUAGGAUACGUUGCCUUCGGAAGCUCCACCUCUUCCACCAAGGACAACGCCUGCCAUUGA